UAAAAGAUAUCGUUGGAAACAUGAAGUUGUGUUGCGCUGUGUUUAGUAUUUUGUUAGCCGUGGCAUUGGGGAACCCGGACCCACAAUGCGCAAUUUCUGUUACAACUGCUAGUGGUACGGGAGUCAAACCCGGACCAUACUGUUCGUGGGAUCUUAUUUUCGAAGACAAUUUUAAUUUCCUUGACUUUGAAACAUGGGAGCAUGAGAACACUCUUAGUGGCGGAGGUAACUGGGAGUUUCAGUGGUAUCAAAAUAACCGGUCCAACUCUUACUGUGAAAAUGGUAUCUUCUACAUCCGUCCGACGUUACUUGCGGACGAUAUGGGCGAGGCGUUCUUGAGCAGCGGAACCUUGAACAUUCACGGUGGAGAACCGGCCGAUCAGUGCACAAAUCCCACGAACUGGGGAUGUGAGCGUAGCGGAUCUCCGACGAAUUUGAUCAACCCUAUCAAGAGUGCUCGUGUCCGCACGGUGAACUCUUUCAACUUCAAGUACGGAACGAUGGAGGUUCGUGCUCGUAUGCCCACCGGAGAUUGGCUCUGGCCGGCUGUUUGGUUGUUGCCAAAGCGUCAGGUCUAUGGAACGUGGCCUGCCUCGGGUGAGAUCGAUCUGUUGGAGUCUCGCGGUAACUUGGACUAUCGAGGCGCUGAUGGAGUUCAUAUCGGUGCGGAGCAAUUCGGAUCUACGCUUCACUUCGGACCGAGUCCCACCCUUAACGGAUGGGAUACGACUGUUGCACACAAAAACUCUCCAACAGGACAGGGCUGGAACACAGGGUUCCACAACUAUCAGCUCACUUGGUCGCCCGAUUUUAUCCGUUUCUCGGUCGACAACCAAGUCGUCAGACAGAUUGAUGCCGGUACCGGUUUCUGGAGCCGUGGAAACUUUGGCAACAUUGCACCGGGAACAGAGAACCCUUGGAUUCACGGAACACGAAUGGCUCCGUUCGAUCAGGAGUUCUACAUUAUCAUGAACUUGGCUGUCGGUGGUACGAACGGAUACUUCCCAGACGUUCCGCCAGCGACCAAUGGCAACAGUGGUAAGCCUUGGUCAAACACAUCACCGACUGCUGCCCGUGAUUUCUGGAAUGCACGCAGCUCUUGGCUGCCGACGUGGCGUAUGACCGACAACCGAGGCAAGCAGUCUUCUCUGCAAAUUGAUCAUGUGCGCGUUUGGGCGUUAUGAUUAUUCAAACAGUAAAAUUUGUUCCUCCAAAACUGUA